CCCGUCUCGUUGAUAGCAGCAGCGACUUCAUCUUGUCUUCUAACUUCUUAAAAAUCUAACUUCUUAAAAAUGAGCGACGACCCGGAUUCUCCUCCAGAGAGAGAGAUGAAGGAUUUUCAUUUUAGGCAGAUGAAGAAAACCAGAGUGUUUGAUUCACCCGAAGACAUGCCUAAAGAGAGAACCAGUCUGCUUGCCCUCUCCAACAAGUUUGGACUAACAAUCGUAGGAUUAGACAAAACUCUGAAAGUUUACCUAACACAAGACAUCCUUGCUGCUGAUGAAGUGGAAGGCAACUCCAAUAAAAUAGUUGAGGGUAUAUCAGCACUGAUGGAAGUUUCUGUGGAACUUCCAGUGCAUCAUUUGGCCCUCAGCAGUGAUGAGCUUACCCUGUCAGUGUGUGGCAUGUCUGAGGAAGCUGGGUUGUCGCUUGACUUCUAUGAUGUCCGUACCUUCAUCAAUAAGGCAAGACCACAGAAGUUACCUUUUGCAAGUUUCCAGCCGUCGGAAGACCCAGCAUCUUAUGUGCAGGACCUAAAAUGGAGCCCUGUCCAGCCAUCAAUGUUGGGCAUCUGUUUGUCUGAUGGAAGCUUGAUGAUCCUGGAUGUUACCGAUCAUGUCACAGUGCAGGCUCAGCUACCUGCCCAGGAUGGCAUCACAUGCAUUGGCUGGAGUCCCAAAGGAAAACAAAUUGCUGCUGGAAAUAUGAACGCCACAGUCACUCAGUAUACUCCAGCAUUGCAAAAGAAGAAAGUGAUUCCCUGCCCAAACUUUUACAGCUCCGACAACCCUGUCAAAGUUCUGGAUCUGCAGUGGCUGAGAACCUAUGUGUUUGCAGUGGCAUAUGCUGCUGCAGACGGUUCCCCCGAGACCCCUUCUGAGCUAGUAGUUAUCACCUUACCUAAAAAGGAUGAGAAGACGGAGAUGAGAUAUCUCAAUUUUAGCGAAUUAGUAUACAGCACUUGCCCUGAGAGACGGCACCAUUACUAUCUCAGCCACAUAGAGGAGUGGGACGUUGUGUUUGCUGCAUCAGCAGCUUCUGUCGAACUCGGUGUCAUUGCGAGUCAAGAAGACAAGAACAACUGGGAGGUGUGGACCCUGGAGGAUGCUAGCAGGGCUGAGCUGCCUGUCACCCAAAACUGUGAGGACACCCUGCCCCUUGGCCAAGCUGUAGACUUCACCAGUCAGAAGGAGAUCAACGACGCUGCUGGGAAGAUUUUGCCCCCAUCCCCCACCAUGCUGAUACUGUCAACAGAUGGAGUACUCUGCCCAUUUGCCCUGGUCAACCUCAACCCUGGGGCCAAGCCUUUGGUGUUAGUGCCUACCACUCUCUCUCUAGAGGGCGAGAGACUGCCCUCUGCAGAUUCUGGGGCUUGCCAACCUACCAAACCUGUGGCCUCCCUGUCUGCUCCAGUGGCAUCCUCAGCCCUCCAUCCAACCACAUCUGUUGCUUCCCCCAUUCUACUCUUAUCCUCUAGUCAACCCAACCCAUUUGUCACCACUGCCUCUACAGCCCCUACUUCCUUCACUCCCUCGUCAUGCUUUUCCUAUUCCUCUUCCUUCACUCCUGCACCUCUCCCAGCAUCCCACCUUUUGGAACCCUCAACUAUUUCUUCUGGCUCCAUCUCAGGAUUUUCUUUUUCAUCCAAUCCUCCCGGGGAUAUUUUGCCAUUACCUUCGCAAUUUUCUUUUAGUAUGUCCACUGCUCCUUCAACAUUUUCCUUUACUUCUCCUUCGACCAAACCUAUAGCAGAGGCAGCCCCAGCUCCAACUACAGCACCCCAGCGCCUUGCCACUGUUUCUCCCAUCACACUAUUGAAGGGUCCACUAGAGCCACCAGCCAUACCCGAUGUGAAGCUUUCACUCAGUGACAGGUCCUCAGCAGUCGACACACGAGCACAGGUCCCCCAGACUCAUUCCUUCACCUCUACCAUGAUUAAACAGCCUAUCACUGAGUCUGCCUCGCUGAUAGCCUCUCAGCCUUCACUCUCUAAAUCUGCUGUUGCACCAGCCUCUUUAAGACAAGUUCAAACUCCUUCAGUCCAGAAACCUGUCCCAACUGUCCAGAGCAGUGUGCCUACACCACAGGCAGCACUUGGUGGGAAGGCGGUUGAAAAGCAACUGCAACAAAGAGAUUUUGAUCCGAUCAUGACUGGCAUUAUGGAAGAAAUAGCACAUUUCCAGAAGGUCCUGGAUGACCUAAAGGCGCGAAACAGCAAGGCUGACUUUAAGGUGGGCUUUAGUGAGGAGAUGAAGGAGCUGAAGAAGAAGUCAGAGGAUCUUCACGGCUUCUCCCUGGAGAUCAAAGAGACCACUGAGUCUCUGCACGGUGACAUUAGCAAAUUGAAUAUCAGCUUGUUGGAGGGUUUUACUAGGGCUGAGGAUGGCAUGGCCCAGAUUGAGCUCAGCAAAGACAAAGAUUACCUCCAACUGCUGUACAAGAAACCUCUUGACCCUCGCAGCGAUGAAUGGCUCAAGAAAAUACGCAGGCAAUACCAGUAUGCCAUGUCGGCAGUGGAGGAUGUCAAUGACGUCCUGGAUAUGGAGUGGGAAAAACACCUGGCAGCGGAACAAAAGCAGAGACAUAUGGCGAUUCCAGGGCACGAGGUUCUGUUCGCCACACUGGCCAGUAACAAGUUCAUCAUUAACCAGCAGCAGAGCAGAUUCGAUAAGCUGGCCGAUCAACUUACCUCCCUGGGACUCUACAAAAAGACUCCAACCUGGACCACUCAUCCACUGGCAGCAAAGAGCCAGAAUGCUGCAGAUGCACUCAAUAGAUCUGACAAUGAGUUGGACAGUUUGAGGGAUUCCCUUCUUAAAACCAAACUAGAUGUCUCCUCAGAAUCACCAGUGAAGAUGUUACCCGUAAAACAUGCACAGCUGCGUAACUUCCUGUCAAAGCGGCAGACACCUCCUGUCCACUCUACUGCACCAGCCAACUUGUCUCGUUCAGUCUUCCUCUCCCCCGAAUAUUAUGAUGACAUGGAUGAUAUGAGCUCCACAUCCUCUUUGUCCCAGUCUCUGGAUCCCCAUCCAAUUCACUUGGAGCUGCAGGAAGAGCAAGGCCCAGAGCCCCAUCGCUUUCCUACCAUGCUCCCACCAGCAUCCGUCCCUCGCCACCCUACCGUGGUUAGGACCCCUUCCAUCCAGCCAGAUUUUGGGCCCUUCCACUCAACUCCGUUUACCAAGGUUCUUUCAGAAUCGAGAAUGAACUUGGGGCUGAGCACUAUUGCCACUGCAGACACUCCAAUUCUGACCAAUAAGAUCAACCUUGGUGGGGCAGACAGCACAGCGCUUGCCACAAAAACUGUGAAACACGGCGCCCCACCAACUGAGAAGGCCAUACCUGCCAGCAUCCCUGCUCAGCAGGCUGCAGCUACGGCUGCCCUUCGUAGGCAGAUGGCUAACCAGAAGCCAGCUGCUGUAAAUGCUACCCUGACAGAGUCUACUCUGAAGAUUGUUCCUCAGGUAGUCAAUGUUCAGGAGCUCAAGGAUAAGGGACCUCCCAUUCCUGUUUCCACUGUCAUAAGCCCCUCAGUCCCAGCUCCAGCAGUUCAGGUGGUUGAGCAAGUUCUUGUUGCGGCUACAAACCAGAGUAAACGUAAUUCCACUCAAGGCAUCUUAAAGGUAUCCACUGAGAGUUCUGCUGCUUCACAGGCAGGAUUUGCAUUGGGUGGAGCUCCCAAUGUUAAUGCUUCUGUAGUUGCCCCAAGCUCAACUGAACAAAGCAGCAGCAAAGGCUUUGCUUUCACUGCAGCAGCCACAAGCUUAAGUUUUACUUCAGUUUCUCAGGGAGCUGGAAACGCACAAGUUAAGGAUGUGAUUAAAUUCUCAUUUGCCGGAAGUGGCAACAACAUGAUUUCGCCGGCAGAAGAGCCUUUCUCCUUGACACCAAAGUCCAUAUCCCCUGCUUUGGGUACUGGCUCCUCCACUCCACCUCCCAACAUGUCAGGAGAUCCAGUCAGACCCUCCUCAACAACAUCAGCACUUAGGGUAGAGCCACAAAACCCUAAUGCAUUAGGGGGAGAGACUCUGGGAAGUUUCUCUGGGCUGCGUGUUGGCCAGGGAGAUGAUGACACAAAAGAUGGCACCACCAAACCCACUGCUAAGGGAGCAGCACAGUUUAGCUUUGGUUCAACUGUCCUGAAACCAGCCGAAGAUUCCUCAAGUACAGAUGUGUCCAAAGGAACUGUGUCAAUGAGUUCAGGCAGUUUGUUUAAGUCCCCAGAAUCAAAUUCAAAAAUCCCUUUUUCUGCUUCCCAGUCUAGUUUAACUGCAUCAGCCUUACCCAUAUCAUUCAAUAGUCUCCUAGCUGCCCCUCUAGGCUCCCAAGAGGAACCUAAAGCCCUUAUACAACCUUCUGACCCCACCCCUCCCCCUGAACAAGAACCAUCCCCUGAACCCAUUAUAGAGAGUGUAAGCCCCGCUUUAACUGAGGCAGCUUCUGCAACGGACUCAACAACCGCAGAACCCACAGCAACAUCGGCCCCUACACAAGUACAAACACCUCCAGUCCCUGCACCCAUCACUGCCCCUAACACUGUCCCGAUUGCCUCCAUCACCCCAAUAAUGGAAGGAAAGUCUCCACCAACAGCCCCUGCUGCUCCCACAUUGGAAUCCACUACUGAGACCACCCCUGCUCCUGGGCCCUCCCCAGCCACAGCUACCCCUUCUCAAGAGACAUCUCAAGAGGUCACCCAGUCAGCCCCAACAGCAUUCAAGGCCCCAAGUUCUGACAAACCUGGUUCCAUCUUUACUCAGUCAGCCACAGCAGUAACAGAUAGCAGCACCAUAGGAGUCCAGCUAGUUAUCAACACAGCUGCUCCUGCCGCCACCACCGUCACCCCUACUACUGCAAUUGCUGCAGCCACCACAUCUAGCACUGUUUUUGGGCAACCUGCUGGGACCUCAGCCUCUUCAGAGCCAGCAGCUACAGGAUUUGGUUCAACUGCUUUUGGCAAACCUGGAUCUAGCUUUGGCAAACCCAUAUUUGGACAGAUGAGUGGAUUUGGUCAGCCUUGCAGCAGCACAAGUACACCUGGUGGCUUUUAUUUUGGUCAGUCAGCAUUUGGAGAAAACUCUGGUAAUGCAGCCACUGGAGGUGGUGGCAGUCUGUUUGGAGGCCCCACUGCGAGUAAUGCCAGUUCAUUUUCCUUUGGCACCAGCUGUGCCAACAAUGCUAGCAGCACUGGUACGGGGCUGUUUGGACAAAGUACCACCCCAGCUUUUGGACAGCAGUGCUCAGGAUUUGGACAAAGUUCGGUGUUUGGCAGUAACACUACUACAACAUCAUCUACAGGAUUCAGCUUUAGACAGCCCUCAGCUUUUGGCAGCUCCUCUACCGCAUCAGUUUUUGGCCAACAGCCAAGCAGCGGGAGUGUCUUUGGACAGCAGCCAUCAACUGGAGUGGGUCUGUUUGGUUCGAGCUCAUCCAAUGCAGCAGGCUCAUCUAGAGGGGCAGGGUUCUUCAGUGGCCUGGGGGGUAAACCCAGUGAAGAUGCAGCAAACAAAAACCCAUUUGAUUCCACUGCUUCUACUGGGGGUUUUGGACAAUCUAGCCAGACAGGUACUACAACCCUGUUUGGAAAUAGUGGUGCAAAGACCUUUGGUUUUAGCCAGUCCUCCUUUGGGGAGCAGAAACCUAGUGGGACCUUCAGCACUGGAGGAGGAAGUGUCGCAUCCCAGGGCUUUGGCUCAUUCUCUACUCCAUCAAAACCAAGUAGUGGUUUUGGCAGUGCCCCAGUGUUUGGCACUCCCCCAUCUUUUGGGGGUUCUCCAGCGUUUGGUGGUGUAGCAUCAUUUGGGUCAGGCGCCUCCUUCAAUAACAACAUGGGAUCCUCAGGUGGCAAGGUGUUUGGAGAAGGCACUGCAGCUGCUAAUAUGGGCGGAUUUGGGUUUGCCUCUCCCUCCAGCCCCCCAUCGUUCGGCUCCAUGGCCAACCAGAGUACUCCCUCCUUUGGGAGCUUGGCCCAGCAAGGCUCUGGUUUUGGGGCUCAGCCCAGUGGUUUCGGACAACCAACUGGCUUUGUACAACAGCCUCAAGGAGCAUUCACAGGAGGCACCUUUGGGUCAACAAAUCAAUCAGCUCCACAAACAUUUGCAAGUUGGAGGAGCUAGUUGAGACUUCGGUGAGCAGACCGGUCAGUCCUCUCCAAUAGAGAGGGGAAAUGAAAACCUUGUGGAAUGUUUUUUUUGUAAGCACAUUUUACUGCAGUAGUACAUUAACAGAGCGUCACAACAUUUUUUUAUGUAUUGAACCCAUUACGCCCAACUUGUGAGAGUUCUUUAGAUAAAACUAAAGGUUUUCAUGGAAAAUGUAAGAAGUUUCAGACAACCUGUUAUAAUCAGCUUCGCCAUUCAUUGCAAUUUUGAUGUCAUAGUGGUGUCUAUCUUAAUGUUGGAUUGAAGAAACACUGGGAGCGUCAGUAUCAUCAUUAAAUUCUGUUUGACAACUUGAGCGAGAUUUUUGUGUGUGUAUAUAUUUAAAGAGAGAGAGAGAUUUGACAGAACAGUUUGUAAAAGUUUUUAUUACAAAUGUAAUUACAUAGUAUUAAAACCUUUCAUUUUAAUACAAAAAUGUAAGAAUUAUCAGCUCAGUGACAAGUUUAGACUGAGAAUGUAACAAAAUUAAACUGACGACCCCCAUAUGUUUUUUCCCAAAAGGAAGUAGAUAUCCACAUAAUGUGUAUAAUUUUGACUUGAAUUGAUUCUUUGUCAAACUGGUUUUGCUGUCAAUCCUGUAUUGAUGUAUUAUGAUUGAUAAGUGGAAUAUUGGAAAUAAAGUUGACA